CAUUUGCAUCGUCCCGCUGAUAUUUGUCCCCGACACCCGAGGUGGUAUAUGCGUCAGCAGUAGGUGACAUCCAGGUCAGGAUCAGCCUUAGUCUUCCAGGAUAUUGACUAUGAGCCGCUAUAAAAUAUGGUAGAGAAAUGAGGGGUGUUUCCCCAGCUCUGGUUAGCACACAUAUACACUCUCAACUUCCUCAUAUUCAAGUUCACUCCGCAGGUCGGCGUGAAAUAUCUACUCUAGUUCCUGUACACAUUAACCUCCUCCGAAUCCUCGUUGCUCAACAUUGCCAGUCUCUCAUCUUCGACCUUCUAUAAGAUAAUGCAUUAUUCUCAGCUUCUCCGCGUCCUGUUGAGUGCCGCACUCGCUCUUCAUGCUACUACUGUGACAGCAUCCCCGAUCCGUGCUCCUGACGUCGAGGGUGGGGUUGGAGCCUCUGCACUCGGAAAGCGUGCUACUAUCGAGCUCUACCAUGUCACUACCGCUGCUUCAGCGGCUAGCAUCCACAGCGGCGGGGUCAAGCUACAAGUCAAACCCACGAUAGGUGAUGACUUCAAUCCCAAGGGUAAAGGAGGAUUCUACGUAUCAGAUAAUAAGGCGGGCAUCCUCGACUGGUGCAAGAAACGCCAGGUUGAUGCUAAUAACGUGAAAACCAACUGUGCCGACUUGAUCACGUUCAAGUUCGACGAAUCCGCAUUGACCAGUCUCAAGGUUCAUAAAUUUGGUCCUGCUACUUUGUCAUCCACAACGAUUAAUACUUGGAUGGAGACUCCCGACUUUGAACAAUGGCAUGAGUUCACGUCGUUUUGUACGCAUGGCGAACAGGGAGAUGAUGAAGUCAAACUCGCCGCAGACCUUGAAAACGGAGGAGACGGGCUAGACUUAAUUAUCGGGCCUAUGGUAGGAACUGAGACGCUUCGACAAUACGCAUUUAGGACCACCAAGGCCUUGGGACAUCUUACAGUUGAGUCCGUCACCAAGACGGGACUCUAGUAAAGCCCCGGUGCAACAGGCAGGAAGUAGGAAUAAUGAGAUCAUUGAGAUGUACUUACUAUUUUAUCCUUGGUUACUUGUACUUCGAUGUUACUAAGUUAAUCAAGAUAAUAAUAGCAACAUUGCUUAUGACGUAUUGACCUUCCC